AUGCAUGAAGUCACUAAGAUUUGUAGAUCUUUCCUUUGGAGUGGACAAGCUUAUAGUCAGAAAAACAGUAACAUCUCUUGGGAUAGUUCCUGUUGUGAUAAAAAGCAAGGUGGUCUUGGCUUCAGAGAUGUUAUCAACUGGAAUAUUGCAAGCAUUGGAAAGUAUGUUUGGGCCAUUGCAUCUAAACAGGAUAAUGUUUGGAUCAAAUGGGUCCAUGUUGUAUACAUUAAAGAUGGGGACUGGUGGGAUUACAUGCCUGUAGCCUCUGCUAGCUGGUAUUGGAAGAAGAUAUGUGCUAUAAAAGAGAGAUUGAAGUUAGUGUAUACUCAGGCUGAGUUAGCUGCUAUGCCUCAUUAUUCUGUGAAAACAGUUUAUGAGAAGAUCAUUGGACCUAAACCUGUGAUUCAUUGGGACAACAUGCUGUGGAAUAGGCUGAAUAUCCCAAAGCACAGAUUUAUAUGCUGCAGCAGAUGCAUCAGUGCACUCAAAGUUUGGUUGGGUAUCUCUUACUCCACUGGUAAUCUGAAACAGCUUAUGAGGUUCAUUGCUUAUGGCAGAAUGUCUAAGUUCAGAAAGCAAGUUAGCUUUGCAAUGCUAGCUGCUGCAGUCUAUUCUGUUUGGUCAAGCAGGAAUAGUAGUUUUUGGAAUGCUUCUUUCCCAACUGUGCAGAAUAUAGUAACUAGAAUUAAGCAAAAUGUUAGAGAUCGAAUCUUGUUUGUUAUGCCUAAAAAUGUAACUAGGAGAGAUAGCUUGUGGUUUGCUACUCUGUAA